AUGCCCAGCAGAAAGAACACCUACCUUGCCUUAGUCCGUGCAAAACUUGACUACGGAAGCGUCGUCUGGUAUCCCUACCUAAAAUGUGACAUUGACCGCCUAGAACGCAUACAACGCAUAGGGGCUCGAUUCAUCACAGGCGACUACAAAUCAAGACAAGAAGGCUGCGUCUCCCAAAUGCUGCAAAACCUUCAAUUGCGGAGCCUCCAGGAGAGACGCAGACACCUGAGGUUGAUCUUUCUGUACAAGGUGGUGGAAGGGCACGUACCAGCCAUUGACAUUGACCAAUUUCUUAAAACUCAAAGACCUAAAAGAACUAUAAGGGCUAAAAAAUUUGAAGACUACAUCAAUACAAACAUUGUUGAGAACUCAGCUGUGGCACAAAGACACCAACUUCUUUCAAAAUGUUUGAUCCCAGUGCCACACCAUUUAGAUGCUGUAGAAUCCUGCCCACAUAGAGGAAACCUGCCUGAUGUUAAAUACAGAUUUCCUUGGAAAAGAGCAAAAGUUGAUGAGACAUUUCUUGAAAAAGAAAUCACACAAAUUCAGAAGGAUAUCAGUCUUUCAGACCAAGAGAAAUCAAAGGAUGUUUUGAAAGUUGAAUACUUUGAAAGUCCAUGCAUUACAAAUGGAUCCAGCUUUUGUGAGGCUGUUAACUUUGACCUCAACUGCGAUGUGGUCUGUAGCUCCAAUCCAUCUUCCCUCGAGGAGUGUUUUUCUCCUGAUGAGUUUUUCUCCGAGCCGCAAUUAUUCACCGAAAUAUUUUUCAAGGAAAACAUUGAAACAUUACGUCCUGAUUGUGAAGUGCUGAUGUUGGAAGAAACUAUCCGUGAAGAUGCUUUUCUGCCAGAGGGCUUAAAACGCAUUCCAACUUUGGCACAUCUUGUAUCUAGAUUCACACCUGAACAUGUUGAAGACCCACUUUUAUUAGCCAGUGGUGCCAAGAUAUUGACACAACAUGACAAAAUACUCGAUGGGGAGGACAGUGUGGUGGAUAAGUCUAUGCUCAUAGAAAAAAUCAACAGCAGUUUGUUUCAUGACGACUGGUCUGUUGAUAAAAAGCAACCAGAUAGAUUGCAAGACCUAGAAAAAGAGAGCCUGGAAGACGUGAUUGUUGUCGAUGAAUGUUUUCAUGCUCAAAAAGAAAAGCCCUGUCAGAGUCAGCUAUUAGAUUAUCUUGUAUCACCUCAGGAUAUACUAAAAAUUCCAUUUGAUCAGGAUGUAAAGGAUGUUAUUGGCCGCACAUUUAGACUUCCAGCAACAAAGACCAUUGGCGAACUUGAAUCUCUAGACUGGAAGAGUGACCACGUUCAAAUGAUUGAUUUUGUGGGCAUUAAUGAAAUAAUUGUAACAGCUCUAGACAAAUUUUGUGAGGUAGCAUACAUCGCUGUGCCUGAGGAGGAAGUCCCAGAGCUAAAGCGCCGGGCACUCAGCCUACCUGAUCAGAAACCUUUCGUUGAUAUGGCUUGCAAGAGCUUUAAGAAUUUGCUCCUAACUGAAGAGGAGAGGAGUAGACUCGAGAAAAUUGUAUGGCUAGAAGAGAAAUAUUUUGAUGAUGUGCAGGCUUCAAGACUUCCUGAACCAGAAGCGGCGGAUGCAUGUCUGCCUGUCCCUCAGAACAUGGUUAUACUGGCUUCGAAAACACUUGGAAUUUCUGAAGAAGGCUCACUUGGAAAGCUUGACCUGGCUUUGUCAUGGGAAGUCGUUCCUUGUUCUGCAACACCAGAAAACCCUUGCAAAAGGCUGGUUGACCUAGCAAUCGAUUCGACAAACUUUGAGGUUCAUGUGGCAGAAGUGGAACCUAUUCAGGCGUAUGACAGGGAGUUUAUGUUUGAUUGGGAAGAUAAGUUGAUUGAAGGUGAAGACGAGAAAAAAGUGAGGAAAUCUGUAGUCAAUGGAACAGGCUUGGAAGGUGGCCCAUUUGAGGAGGACGGUUCUAAGCAAGUCAACGUGUUAAAGACAAUGGGAAAAGGCCGUGACUCGCAAAAACGUGGUUUUGACGCAUUGGAAAGUUUUUUAGCAUUGCGCUCAAAAUCUGUUGGAUUUCCUAGCUUUAUGGAAAGUACCCGAGAACCAGUCAAAUCAAAAGAAAACGGUAUUUCCGCUGCUUUAGCGGAGAUAAGUGGAAUUGACAGGUUCAGUGAUACAAGAGCGGUCGUCAGCAAGAAGGCAGAAACUGCAAGAAAGGUCAAACACCAUACGGUGAAAAUUCCUCUCAGUAGUAAGUAA